GAACUAUUGUUCGACGGCAUCGGAUUCCACUUCCACCUCCUCAGCAAGAUCAGUUCUAUACUAUAGAUCAUUUCAAUAUCAACAUAGAACUAAUCCUUUAUGCCCGAAAAUAUAAGAUCAUAGAUUGUGACCAGUUUACAAAAAAUUUCUUGAGGAAGAUGGGAUUUAGAUUAAAUCCUCCUGCAGAUCGUCCAGAUGACCCAUACACCAAAGAGCGACAAAAGAUUCUGGAUAGUAUGAACCCAUUGCGCCCUUUUGAGCGCAUUGACACUUUGAAACAAUUUCUGGAGCAUGAUGGACACGUUUUACGUUUUUUCUGUGUGUGGGAUGACCCAGAAUCCAUGUUUCAGGACCCACGGGAACUUGUUCUGCACUAUUAUUUAUCUGAUGAUACUAUCGAUAUAAAAGAAAUUGUACCUGCGAACUCAGGCCGGGAUGCAAUUCCACGUUUCCUCAGAAGAGAUAAGCUCCCAAAGUAUGCUCCCACUGGACUGUAUCAGCCAGGCACAAUCACCAGUCGCACGGUUCUCAAUGUGUUUGGAAACUUAGUAGGAAACAAAGGCUAUUACAUUUUGGACAAUCGUAAGACAGGAGCAGUGCGUCAAGAAUUUUACAGAGACAGUGACUUGAAAAUAGGGGCAGUAAUUAAUGUUUGGGGAAGGAAGAUAAUACUCUGUGAUUGUGAUGAAUUCACUAAAGAAUAUUACAGGACAAAGUACGGAAUUG